AUGUAAAAGCACUUUGAACAAUACAUCGAAGCUCUUAAUUAGGGAAAAAUAGAGCUUUGCAUAGAAUUGUGCAAGUUAGAGAAUAUUAGCGAAAAGGACAUUUUAUCAAGCUGUUCUUAUAUUAAUAGCACAUUGUUGAAUUAAAUUAAAGAAAAUUUACACACAUUAAAGAGUAAGUUUCUCUAUGAUUACCUCUUCAGCAUUUAUUAAAAGGGCUGCAAGAUAAGUGUGUAUUUUGACAGCGCAAAUGUUUUUAAAGAAGAUGAUUCUUAAAUAUCUUCUGAAAAUCCUACUGAUGAAUUAUCAGUAUCUACAACAGUUUAUGCUCUUUCAAGUCCAUUACUUAAUAUUGAUAUAUUUUUGCUAUGCGUAUCUCAUAUGAAUAACUUAAUGACUCAAAAAAUAAUCUCACUUGAACUAAAGUAGCUCAUGAACUCCAUAUUGUUGAUGAUUAGCUUGUUUGCAGAAGAAAAAGAAGUUUAAAACAUUUGCAGAAGAUAAAAAUUUAUAAACAAUUUUAUAAAACUAUUUAAUGACAUUUUAGUCAAUUCAAAACCUUCGGAUACUAACCCAAUAGAUUAAAAUAUAGCAGUACUUUGUACUCACAUUUUAGCCAAGCUCUCAAAUAGGUCAAAGAAGAACUAAGAUUACUUAAUUCGCAAGAAAGCCCAUGAAAUAUUUAAAGCAAUUCUUAUGUCUGGAGAUAAAAAUAUUCUUAUAUUUUAGGCUACUGCAGGAUUGAUAAGUAACUUAGCGCAUAACUAAGACUCAAGACUUUUGAUGUGGACAAGUGGAGUUUUAAAUAUUUGCAAGAAACUUUUGAUAAGUUGUUAAAACAACUUAAAGAUUGUGGAAUUUAGUUAUAUUAUUAUAAUGAAGUUAGCUUAGGAGUGUAAAGAAGUUGUAGAAGAUAUUAAAAACGAUUAGUAAUUUAUGGACAACCUUAAUCUUAUAUUAGCAUAGCAAGAUUUGAUGGAUAUUAAAAUUUAAAAAUCUGAAAAUCUUUCAAUUUUCGGUUUAGCUGUUGGAAUACUAAGAAAAAUAGCUGGUUUCUAAGAUUUUAGAGCUGUCAUUUUAAAAAAGUAUAGUAAAUAUCCUUUGAACUACAUAAUUAAAAAUCAAGGUAUUGUGAGCACAGGACCUAGUUAGAUAGUUUAGACUUUCGUAUAAAAAGAAGUAUUAGCAUUGAUUGGCGUUUUUGCAAUAGAAGAAGAAGGAAGACAGUUAGUUCUGAGAUAGGUUCCAAAACUCUCUUCAUCAAUAAUAAAGAUAUGCUUGAAUUCUUUUGAAGAUUCUAAGCUAGUUAAAGUCAGUUUAGGUUGCCUUACAAAUUUAAGUGUCCUUGAAUAGAGCAGAGAAGAAGUUAGUAAAGAAAAAGAUUUUUACAUUUUAAUUUUCACUACUAUAGAAAAAUAUGACUACAGUUCAGGAAUGUUAGAAUAUUGUUUAAAAAUGAUAUUAAAUAAUUGUUCAAAUUAAGUAAGCUUCAAGAACUUUAGCGUUCCAAAGCUAAUUCUAAAGUUAUUGUUCUUAGGAUUUGCUUAUCAAUCUAAUAUUUUGAUAGUCGACUUAGCAACAAAAAUUUUAAAGGCUUUAAGUACAAAUGCAGUAGUAUUGUAAAAUAUAAUUAAAUGCUUUAGGGAAUAUGAAAAUAGCAAUCAAUCUUAUAAAUAUGCAAGUGUUGUUGUCAAUCAACUUAAAAUUUUAAUUACUAAUAAUUUGCUUGACUCUGUUUUAGAUUUAAUUAUCUUAAUAGCUUGUAUAUGCACAGUAGACAAGCAAUUUAUUAACGAAUUGCAAGAAAAAACUGAUUUUUUGAGUGUAAUUAAAGAUAUUCUAGAUACUAAUAGAUAAAACCCAAAGGAUUUGCAGAGACUAUCAUCAUCCUUAGCAUUCCUUCCCUUAGAAGAGUUUAAAGGGUUAAUUUUAAUUUGA